AAUAGACCAAAAUGCCUGAUCUUAGUUGUUUUUAAUUUACAGGCUGUGUCUGUAAAACUUUAAGGGGAACAUUUGGUGGAAGACAAUGGCAUGACAUAUACUGAUAGAACUGAUUUUUGUUGUGUUAGAUGUUAUAUCUGAACCUUUUUGACAUUUUAUGUUAAUUUUGCGAGGAAGGACCAUAUAUAUAUAUAUAUAUAUAUAUACAGAAGAAGAAUUCAAUUUUACACCUUGCAAGCUUUGUUUUUCUAUAUUUUGUAUAAAUUCUUACUGGGGAGGACUCCGUGCAAUAUAUCGAAAUGACUGAUCCUUCUCGAUUUAAAUUUGAUGUGUUCUAAAUCGUAUAUAGUUUUGGAAAUUUUGUGUAAGAUUUAAUGGGUAAGGGCUAGAUGCAAUAUGUCAAAAAAAACUUUUUUUGUUGAAUCAGAAGCACUCCCUACAACCAUUCUUUUUUUUACAGUUUGUGAAGCUUUUGUGAGGAAAGAGUGUAUGCAAUAUUAUCGAAAUAACUGAUUUCUGUUGCAAACUGUCUUUCUUAGGCAUUUUGGAUUAAAAUAUUGUUUUAGAGGGCAUAUGCAGUAGAUAUAUGUACCGAAAUAAUUAAAUUUUGUAAAACUUUGAUUUUGUCGUUACCUCUCAUUUUUUACAUUUUGAUUAAACUUUUGUGGGAGACCGUCGGUAUGCGAAGGACCAAAAUAAGAGAUUUUAGUAUUAUUUAGAAUUUGUAUUUUGUGUUGCAAAAUUGGUGCAAAAAUUGACAUAAAAUAAACUUAUAUACAGAUUGAUUGCUGUUGUUUAACAUGACUCAUUAUGACUUAUAUAUAUAUUUUAUGAAAAUUUGUGACAGAAUACUAUGUGAGAUUUGAAAUUUUGUUUACUUUAUUGAUGGUAAAACAGCAUGCAAAUUGCUAAAAGGACUUUAUUAAUUUUAGAUUUAAACACCGUUAUUUUGUUGGCAUUUUGUCUAAAGUUUGCGACUUUCGGCAACAAUGGCUGACGAUUAUUCUUUAAAAUUGGCAGCUUCCAUGACAAUGCCAAGAUUGGUGGAGCAAUUGGAUCAGGUAACUCGUACUUUUACUGGCUCUAUUGAAUUAAUCGAUACAACAGACGGUGUAAGGAACGCAGUAAAAAAACUGAGGAAAUAUACUGAACUUUCCUUGGAUUGUGAAGGUGUGCGUCUUGGAAGGGAUGGAAAAAUGAUGUUAUUGCAACUUGGAGCAAAGGGAGACACAGUUUACCUCUUUGAUGUUUUAAAACUUGGCAAAGCGCUUUUUGAACUUGGUGUCAAGGACAUACUUGAAAGUUCAAUCAUUGUUAAGUAUGUUUUCGACUGUCGUCAAGAUUCAGUUUCUUUGUGGCUGGAAUAUCAAGUGAAGUUAUCCAAUGUUUUUGACAUGCAACUGUUGGAGUAUUUGUGUAGAAAAAAAGCAGGUACUUCGUUUCGAAGACCCACAAAACGAUGGCAUUAUCGGUUGCCAGUAAUUCGGGGAAUGAAUGAUACAGUGUCAAAGUAUGUUAGCUUAUACAACCUUGGCUUUGGUUCCUUGCCGUUCUCUGCCAUCAAAGAUGCUGGUCACAAUUUGAUAAAUACAGAGCAAACCAUUUGGCGUUACCGUCCUAUCAGUAAUGGUUUAAAGAUAUAUGCUGCUUUGGAUAUUGUUAUGACAUGGGCAAUUGUAGAUGGUUUGCAAAGAUAUGAGAAAUUGGAAGGUGUUACUAGAGAAAGGAUAAAAAUUGCGUCCGAGCGAUACGCUGCUGUAAGAAGAGAUGUUGGACACAUCGAUAAAAUUUUUAUUCACACAUCAUUGUUAUUAAGCUACAUCAUUCCUGAAGUGUCUGGAGGUCAUAUAGUUCCAUUUCCAACUUGUGAUCGUAAAUGUUCCGGUUGUCAACGUGAAAUGCCAAGCCAGGAUUUUCGCACUAACUUGUGUAUUGAUUGCAAUGAAAUACAACGAGUAAGUGUGCACCGAAGAUAAUUAUGAUAUGUUAGGAGUUUUGAAAUUUCAUACUUUUUGCAAAAGCUAUAAGUUGUCAAUUUAACGGUUUAACUUAGAUGCCAAGGCCACCAUAUAAUAUUUGUGUGAUCAAUUAUUUCAUUUUAUUGUAAUGGGGCAUUGUAUUUAGUUGUUUCAUGUUAUGGCAUGUUAAGAAAGGGUUUUAGUGAAGAAUAAUUACCAGUCAGUUGUGGCAGCCUUAGUAGUAGCAAGCUGCUUAAUACGUUCUCUGUAGUUUUUCAGUUAUCUCCGAGUAACCGAAUAUCUAGGGGGUUGGGGUAAAUAGUUUGACUUAACACAUGUUCCAGAUAAUGUCCUAUUUUCUAUCUCUUCUAUACCAAAAGUAAAUAAAAAAUAAGAAAAAAUUAAAACCUGACAUUUAUCUAGUCUCUAAUUUCUUUUUUUCAAGUAAAAAGUUAAAAAAACGUUUAAGGGGCCCAAGAAAAUGGUUCUACAUAAUAAACGUUUGAGUUGCACGGUGUUCGAGUGACCGGAAGAUAACUGUAUAUAAAUAAUUAGUUAUAAUAUUUUAUCGUUAUAUUCGUUUAUUUUCUUAUAUUUUACUAUUCUUGUACAAGACUGCAAGAAUUUGCUUGUAUACCUUAAACAAAAUGUUUAAAACCAAA